GCCCGCUUGGGGGAGGAGAUAUACACUUCAGAUAACUACACCGAGGAAAUGGGCUCAGGGGACUAUGACUCCAUGAAGGAACCCUGUUUCCGUGAAGAAAAUGCUAAUUUCAAUAAAAUCUUCCUGCCCACCAUCUACUCCAUCAUCUUCUUGACUGGCAUUGUGGGCAAUGGAUUGGUCAUCCUGGUCAUGGGUUACCAGAAGAAACUGAGAAGCAUGACGGACAAGUACAGGCUGCACCUGUCAGUGGCCGACCUCCUCUUUGUCAUCACGCUUCCCUUCUGGGCAGUUGAUGCCGUGGCAAACUGGUACUUUGGGAACUUCCUAUGCAAGGCAGUCCAUGUCAUCUACACAGUCAACCUCUACAGCAGUGUCCUCAUCCUGGCCUUCAUCAGUCUGGACCGCUACCUGGCCAUUGUCCACGCCACCAACAGUCAGAGGCCAAGGAAGCUGUUGGCUGAAAAGGUGGUCUAUGUUGGCGUCUGGAUCCCUGCCCUCCUGCUUACUAUUCCCGACUUCAUCUUUGCCAACGUCAGUGAGGCAGAUGACAGAUAUAUCUGUGACCGCUUCUACCCCAAUGACUUGUGGGUGGUUGUGUUCCAGUUUCAGCACAUCAUGGUUGGCCUUAUCCUGCCUGGUAUUGUCAUCCUGUCCUGCUAUUGCAUUAUCAUCUCCAAGCUGUCACACUCCAAGGGCCACCAGAAGCGCAAGGCCCUCAAGACCACAGUCAUCCUCAUCCUGGCUUUCUUCGCCUGUUGGCUGCCUUACUACAUUGGGAUCAGCAUCGACUCCUUCAUCCUCCUGGAAAUCAUCAAGCAAGGGUGUGAGUUUGAGAACACUGUGCACAAGUGGAUUUCCAUCACCGAGGCCCUAGCUUUCUUCCACUGUUGUCUGAACCCCAUCCUCUAUGCUUUCCUUGGAGCCAAAUUUAAAACCUCUGCCCAGCACGCACUCACCUCUGUGAGCAGAGGGUCCAGCCUCAAGAUCCUCUCCAAAGGAAAGCGAGGUGGACAUUCAUCUGUUUCCACUGAGUCUGAGUCUUCAAGUUUUCACUCCAGCUAACACAGAUGUAAAAGACUUUUUUUAUACGAUAAAUAACUUUUUUUUAAGUUACACAUUUUUCAGAUAUAAAAGACUGACCAAUAUUGUACAGUUUUUAUUGCUUGUUGGAUUUUUGUCUUGUGUUUCUUUAGUUUUUGUGAAGUUUAAUUGACUUAUUUAUAUAAAUUUUUUUUGUUUCAUAUUGAUGUGUGUCUAGGCAGGACCUGUGGCCAAGUUCUUAGUUGCUGUAUGUCUCGUGGUAGGACUGUAGAAAAGGGAACUGAACAUUCCAGAGCGUGUAGUGAAUCACGUAAAGCUAGAAAUGAUCCCCAGCUGUUUAUGCAUAGAUAAUCUCUCCAUUCCCGUGGAACGUUUUUCCUGUUCUUAAGACAUGAUUUUGCUGUAGAAGAUGGCACUUAUAACCAAAGCCCAAAGUGGUAUAGAAAUGCUGGUUUUUCAGUUUUCAGGAGUGGGUUGAUUUCAGCACCUACAGUGUACAGUCUUGUAUUAAGUUGUUAAUAAAAGUACAUGUUAAACUUA